GCAUAGCAAGGUGUGCGCUCUGGUAGGUGAGCUAUCUCCCAGCCACCUCACCAUUGUGACAGAGACGAGAGUGGACAUGCCUUGAAAGAAGGUCUUUCCCCAGGGAACAGGGCGUCGGCCACCCCCGACAUGUGGCUCCCUCUGCUGCUUCUGGGCCUGAUCUGGGGCUCGGAGGCGGCCCAGGGCCCAGCGGUGACACCUGAGAAAUUCUCGGUGCAGGUGCAGGAGACAGUGACGGUCCAGGAGGGCCUGUGUGCCUUCGUGCCCUGCACCUUCUCCUACCCGGCCCAGAACUUUGCCGACUCUGACACGGUGUAUGGCUACUGGUUCCGCCAAGGCGGCCGAGGCGAGAAGGACGAGCCUGUGGCCUCCAACAACCCCGACCAGAACCUGUGGCCGGUGACCCAGGACAGUUUCCACCUGGUCGGGAACCCCCAGAACUUCCAGUGCUCCCUGGACAUCAGGGACGCCAGGGCCUCGCAUGGUGGCAGAUACUUCUUCCAGCUGCGGCGGGGGCGGCUGAAGCACAGCUACAAGAACAGCUCUCUGACGGUGCAGGUGACCGCCCUGACGGAGAGCCCCGAGCUCAUCAUCUCAGGGCCCCUGGUGCCCGGCCACCCCAGGAACCUGGUCUGCUCCGUGCCCUGGGCCUGUGAUCACGCCACAGCCCCUGUCAUCUCCUGGGUGUCGGUUGCCCACACCACCCUGGGCCCCCGGACUCCACUCACCUCUGUGCUCACGCUCACCCCUCAGCCCCAGGACAACGGUACCAAUGUCACCUGUCAGGUGCACUUCCCCGGGGCAGGUGUGACCGUGGAGAAGACCGUGCAGCUCAGUGUGUCUAAUCCACAGAUUCAGCUCCAAGAAAACCUCAUGUCUCUCAAAUACCGCUCAGAGAAAAUCCGGCAAAUGGCGGGCGUGGUGGAGGGGGUCAUCGAGGGGAUAGGAAUCACCCUACUGCUUGGAGUCUGCCUCUUCCUGUUCUUCUUCCUAAUGAGGAGACGCUGGAUGAAAAAGGCCAAGAGUGAAGGGGACAGUGCCCAGCUGAACAAAGAGCUGGGUUCUCACAUCACGGCCAGUGACCUGGACACCAUGGCGGAGAGCCAGCCCGGCAAGGAGUCGGAGACCCUCCUGAGCCCGGCAGCCUCUGGAGAGGAGAAGGAGCCCACAGAGGAAGCCUUGGUGAGUGCGGUGGCCCUCCUGCGGUACCCUCUGACCCAUGACCCUCUGGGGGCCCAGUCCAGCUCCCGCACAGGAUCAGAAACUAGCAAGUCCCCUCCGUCCUGGCUGUGAUGUGAGUAUAUUGUGUCUGUGUCUGGGGAGCCAGAGGAGCAGGAGACAGAGAAGAAGCACUGUCACUUCA